GACAAAGUAGAAGUUGAAGUAAUACAGCUGACAGCUGUUAGAAUUCGUGCACCUAUUACACGAGUGAAAACUGGUACACAGAUGCCAGUUUAUGUAAUGGGCAUCACCAGCAGCCAGACUCCUUUUUCAUUUGGCAAUGCAGUACCGGGGUUAAAGUUCCACUGGUCUGUCACAAAGAGGGAUAUUCUGGAUCUCAAGACAAGACACAGUGAGGCUUCUUUUCAGCUUCCUGCAAAAUAUAACUUUGCAAUGGAUGUUUAUGGCAGAGUAAAGGGAAGAACAGGCCUGAAAGUUGUUGUGAAGGUCCUUGAUCCUGCAGCCAACCAGUUUUACAACAUGGCAAGAGAACUAUCCGAUGAAAUCCAAAUUCAGGUGUUUGAAAAGCUUCAUCUAGUCACUCCAGAAGUGGAAGCGGAGCAGAUAUUAAUGUCACCAAAUUCCUUUAUUAAACUUCAGACAAACAGGGACCGAGUGGCUUCACUGAGUUACCGUGUCCUGGAUGGACCAGAUAAAGUUCCUGUUGUAAAAAUCGAUGAGAGAGGUUUCCUUAACUCUGGGUCUUUGAUAGGAUCAUCAACAAUUGAAGUGAUUUCACAAGAAUCAUUUGGUAUCAACCAGACCAUUGUAGCUGCUGUUAAGGUCUACCCCAUCUCGUACCUAAGAAUCUCCAUGAGUCCUAUUCUGCACACACAAAACAAAGAGUCAUUAUCAGCUCUCCCCCUGGGUGUGACACUGACAUUUACAGUCCAUUUUCACGAUAACUCUGGAGAUACUUUUCAUUCACAUAAUUCUGUGCUCAACUUUGCAACAAACAGAGAUGACUUUGUACAGAUUGGGAAAGGAGCCACAAACAACACAUUUGUAAUCCGGACUGUAAACGUAGGUUUGACCUUGCUUAAAGUCUGGGAUGCAGAACAUGGUGGAAUCGCAGACUACAUCCCGCUUCCUGUGCAACAUGCCAUUUUUCCUGAACUCAUAGAUGUGGUGGUAGGUGAUGUACUCUGUUUGAGUACUUCACUGAUAAACCAAGAAGGCUUGCCGGGUAUAUGGAGCUCCUCAUUAAGUAGCAUUCUUCAAAUCGACCCCAAGACUGGUGUAGCAGUGGCAAGGGAUUCUGGUGUUGUUACUGUCUAUUAUGAGAUUCCUGGAUCACUUAAAACAUACAGAGAGAUAUUGAUUAGUAUACCUCAGAGGACUACAGCCAUGCAUGUAAGUGGAGUGAAAACAAGCUUACAAGGAGUUGCAGCCUCAAAAGUGAUAGUUUCAAUUGGGGAAAGAACUAAAAAUCUGAAAGGGGAGUGCUUGCCUGCUCAGAUUGAAGCCAUUGCUGAAUUACAACCACAGUCCAUUAUCAAUUGCCAUCUAGAUUUUAACAAUGAUGCGUUUGACUUCCCAGCACGUGAUAUUUUUAUAGUAGAACCUGGAUUUGAUGCAGUUUCAGGACAUUACACUUGUUCCAUCACAAUGCACAGGCUUACUGACAAGCAGCUGAAGCGUCUCAGCAUGAGUAAAACUGCACUCAGAGUUACAGCUUCAAUCCACGGCAGCCGCUUCUCGGGGGAGCAGAUCAGCACUGAGGUGCCAUUCAAUCCUGGGUUUUAUGCUGACCAAACGGAAAUGCUUUUAAGUAACCAUUACACAAGCUCUGAAGUGAAAAUAUUUGGUGCCACUGAAAUUCUUGAUACCCUGGAGGUGAAAUGUGGGUCACCAACAGUGAAGGCGUUUGAGAAAGAGAAAUUCUACGGGCUGCCUAGUUAUGUAGUCUACACUGUUAGUCUGUCUGAUCCCAGGGUUUCAAGCCAGGGAUCCUUAUCAACCACUCUAACUGUCUCUAGUCCUAUGACUGACCAGUCGAUCACUAUCCCAGUGACAGUGAUUUACUUGACUGACAGACCCAGUGCACCAGUGAGACAUGGAGCCAGUCUAUUCCAGCACUUCCUUGAUUCUUAUCAAGUAAUGUUCAUCACACUUUUUGCACUAUUAGCAGGGACAGCUGUUAUGAUUAUAGCUUAUCAUGCCGUUUUCUCACCGAAAGAACAGCACAGUCAUCCAGCAUUUACCCCAAGGACAACUCGGCAACACAGCCAUAACAGUUUCUCUAUAUCACCUGUGCUUUCCUUCAGUCCGCAGUCCUCAAGCAGGAAAACAAGCCCAUCAUCCACGCUCUGGAGCACUGAUUAUGGUUCACGUUAGAGACAGCAGGACUCAUCUUCAUGCACUGG